AUGAUGUUCAGCACGCUGAGUUGCAUGUCGGUCGCUUUGGGGCUUGCCCCUCUGGCAUCUGCCGUCGCCUUCCCUGGGGCCGUCGGUUUCGGCGCAGUCUCCACUGGUGGCACAGGCGGUACGACUUGCCAUGUCACCAACCUCAACGACUCGGGCUCGGGCUCUUUCCGCGACUGCGUGAGUGCGUCCAACCGGAUCGUCGUCUUCGAUGUCGCCGGAUACAUAAAGCUGAGCUCAGCCGUCUCCCUCUCAAGCCACCUGACGAUCGAUGGCUCGACAGCUCCUAGCCCUGGCAUCGGGAUCAUGGCUGCCGAAGUCUCGGGCAGCGGCAAGAACAACAUCAUUAUCAACAAUGUGAGGUUCCGGCAAGGCAGCUUGGACUCGCAGACAGGCCAAAGCGCGGUGAAUUUUGGCAAGGCUUCCAACAUCAUUCUGGAUCAUUGCUCGUUUGCGUAUGGCCAAUGGGAUAGUAUCGAUGGCGUUGGGGUAGUGAAUUUGACCGUGUCAAAUUCAAUCAUCGCAUUCCCCAUCGGACAACAAUUCGGGGCACACAUCGAAACUGGACCUUCUACCUUCUUCGGCAACCUUUGGGUCAGCGCACACAACCGUCAGCCGCUGUCCAAGGAUGACACACAGUACAUCAACAAUGUCGUCUACAACUACCAGGCAGCAUACACAGCGGCAAAUACGGGUGGAAGCUUCUCCCAUGACAUUAUCAACAACUACUUCAUUGCCGGGCCCAGCACGACCAAGGCUGACAAUCGGUACUACCAAAUGAACGCGAAUCAGAAGGCAUACGCCACUGGGAACUACGGAGAUGCCAGCCUGGAUGGAGUGCUAAAUGGCGCACAAGAGAACAAGAUCGGGGAUGCGGUGGUCCUCAGUUCACCCUGGGCUUCAUCCUCUACUGGGAUGGUGAAGUGGACUGCUGCUGAUGCCGUUACUAAUGUUCUCGCUUCGGCUGGAGCGGUGCCCCGGGAUGAGGUUGAUGCAUUGGCUGUGAGCCAAGUUAAGUCGUAUGGGACAGCUGGGAAAAUCUAUGGGGAUCAAAAGGACACUGGCCUGUCCAAUGGUGGUUAUGGCACUCUGUGA